UAUCAAAAAAUCCUUUAUCGAUCACCAAUUUUGUUUAUUGCGAUAUAUUUCAAUAAUGUAUGGUUUUGAAAAAUAUAAUAAAAAGGCUGAUAUCAUCAAGUGCUACUGAAGAAUUCGAUUAUAGGUUUAAAUUUGCAUUUAGAUCGAAUUACGCACUGUAUAAAAUAUUGAUCACAUCAUCAGUUGCUAUGGUAACAACUACACACACACUUUCGAAAAUUUGUCCUAAUCAAAGCAAUUUACUUCCACAACAAUCCAAAUGGCUGAAUCAGGUGACCUUAUCGACAUAGAUAUCUCCAACGAAUGCCAAAAUUCUUCAGAUCAAUACUUUUACAACAUAAUUGGAUGCAUUGAAGACAUACUGCUGGAUGACCGGUUUGUUCAACUGCAUUCCAAUUUCAUGGAACAAUAUUGGAUACAUUUCGAAGAACAGGACGAGAACAAAUUUAUUUACAGCGACAUUUUUCGAAAAUAUAACGAGACCAUUGAAAAAUAUAUCGAGGACCAACUGAUGAAGCAAGUAGAUAAUUUUGAUAUGAAUCGAUUAGAAGAGGAACUAAAGAAACGAGAGAAUGAGUUGGAUGGAGAGAUUUUUGAAAUUCUGUCGACAUUUACUAAUUUUUUGGCGUUCAAAGAAAAGUUUCUGGAUUAUAAGGCUAUGAAAGAAGGAAAAGUGAUGGAUUUAUCAAAACAUUUUAUUAUUUCAAAGUAUGAAGCAGAAACUGCAUUUUAAUAAAACUCGACAGAAACAGUUUAUUUGUAAGAAAGUAUGAUGUAGCCAUGUCGGGCAAAAAAUAAACGUAUCAAAAAUUA